UAUUACAAGCAUACCCUUUAUUGUUCUCUUUAUUUUUUAAAACAAAUUGAGGACAAGCUUUAUAUAUACUUGGAGUAUGUCUCUGGUGGUUCUAUCUAUAAACUUCUUCAGGAGUAUGGCCAGUUUGGUGAGAUUGCCAUUCGUAAUUAUACGCAACAAAUUUUGUCGGGGUUGGCUUAUUUGCAUACAAAAAGUACUGUGCAUAGAGACAUCAAAGGAGCUAAUAUAUUGGUAAAUCCCAAUGGCCGUGUGAAAUUAGCAGAUUUUGGGAUGGCGAAGCAUAUUACUGGCCCGUCCUGUCUGUUAUCAUUCAAGGGAAGUCCAUAUUGGAUGGCACCUGAGGUUAUAAAGAAUUCAAGUGGAAGUAACCUUGCUGUUGAUAUAUGGAGUCUUGGUUGCACAGUUCUGGAGAUGGCUACGACAAAACCACCUUGGAGCCAGUAUGAAGGGGUGGCUGCUAUAUUUAAGAUCGGGAACAGCAAGGAACUUCCAGAAAUUCCUGAUCAUCUAUCAGAUGAGGGAAAGGACUUUGUGAGACAGUGUUUACAACGGAACCCAUUGCAUCGUCCUACAGCAGCUCAACUUUUAGAGCACCCAUUUGUUAAAAAUUCUGCACCACUGGAAAGGCCUGUUUUGAAUGCUGAGCCUAUGGAAACACAACCUGCAGUAACCAAUGCUAUAAGAACACUGGUACAAACUUGGUUUGAUUUUUUGUGUGCUUGGUGCUGUAUCCUGUUGUAA